ACUAAAUGUUCUAAGAUAAACAUAAAAUUCAACAAGAUAUUAAAAUAUUAUUAGGGCUGACAGAAUUAAAAAUAGUGGUAUCGAGCCAUCGAGGCCCAAUUCAAUUUAUCACAUAUUCAAAACUUCCUGUAGCAAUUGGUAUUGUUGAUUGUUGGUUUCUUCUAUGAAUGGAGAUCUUCAGACCAGAGAUCUCGCAGUUUUCAUCUGCGCUUUAUGUCAGAAAAUCGAUAAAAAAUGUUGUCAAGGAGACAAUUUUGUCUCAUUUUAGCAAAUAAAUGGAUUCGGAAGCGAGACAAGAAUAUUUCGUGGCAGUUUUUCUCAUCACAGAUUCAAACAGAUGCAAAAAUACGGAAUAGGUGGAAGUCCACCGUGGGAUUGGAGGUCCAUGCUCAGAUUGCUACAGAAUCAAAAUUAUUCUCUAGCGCGUCCACGGAUUUUGCCAGCCCUGUUAACUCGUGUGUCUCAGUCUUCGAUUGCGCUACACCAGGAACACUACCUGUACUGAACAGAAAAUGCGUGGAGUCCGCGGUGAUGACUGCCCUGGCGUUGUCCUGCCAAUUAAACGAGAUUUCCUUGUUUGAAAGGAAGCAUUACUUCUAUGCAGAUCUGCCUGCAGGAUUUCAAAUCACCCAGCAAAGGCAACCUAUUGCAGUCAAUGGUGAAAUUAAGUUUCAUGUGUUCACUCCAGGGGUGCACAAGUCUCCAUAUGUGAAAUGUUCUAAAAUUAAGCAGAUCCAAUUAGAGCAAGACAGUGGCAAGAGUUUGCAUGAUGAAAAUACAGGAAGAAGUCUGAUUGAUCUCAAUCGUGCUGGAAUACCCUUAAUGGAAUUCGUGUUUGAGCCAGAUUUGGUUGAUGGCGAGGAAGCGGCCGCGCUUGUGAAAGAGCUUGUAUUUACAUUGCAAUUAUUGGGUGUCUGUAGCGGCAAAAUGGAAGAAGGAGCACUUCGUGUGGAUGCCAAUGUUUCUGUAAGCAACCGAGACUGUUUAGGCGUUCGAACGGAAAUAAAAAAUAUUGGUAGCGUGCGUGCUGUCGCUGCGGCUAUUCAAUAUGAAAUAAAGAGACAUAUUUCUAUUCUCGAGGCUGGUGACGAGAUGUUCAAUGAAACUCGUGCGUGGGAUGCGGUGAACAAGAAAACUAUUCCUAUGCGUGAAAAAGAAGAUAAAGAAGAUUAUCGAUUUAUGCCUGAAACAAACUUGCCACCUUUAUGCAUACAUGUUAGAGAAGAUUUAUUGAAUGACAACAAUUUGGUUGAUGCCAUAGUACUAAGAAAACAACUAUCGGAGUUACCAGAACAAAUACGUCAGAGACUAAAAGACAUUCUUAAGAUAUCUCCUCAAAUUAUUAUAGCUUUAAUGAGUGAUUUCGCAUUAUUACAAUUAUUUAAUGGAAUAAUAAAUAAAAAUAAGAAUCGUGAUCCGCAAUUGGUGGCCAAAUUUCUCGUCAUGGAGCUGUUGACUUUUCUCUAUAAAAAUAAACUGACAAUUGAAUUUUGUGUACCACAUGAAGAUUAUAUUGGUCAAUUGAUUGAUUUAUUACAAGACAAAUCAAUUAAUUUAAUAAUAGCAAAGAAGAUUUUGAAUGAAUUCAUAGCUGAUUCAAAUAAAUUACCAAAAGAGAUCAUUGAAGAGCACAACUGGUUUCUAAUAUCAGAUGAGAGACAAUUAGAACAACUGUGCUUAGAAAUUAUAGAGAAAAAUCCAAAACUUGUAUUAGGAUAUAAAAGUGGCAAGAAAAAAUUAUUUAAUGCAUUAAUGGGAGAAAUGGUAAAAGUUACAGAACAACGGGCGGAUAUGGCUGUUGUUGCAAAAAUUAUGGAACGAUUAUUGAAAUCGUGAAUGAAGAUCGUAGAAACAAUCUCUACUAAUUAAUUAGUAUUGUGAUAUAUUGUGAAUAAAAUACGAUAAUUUAAAUAAAACGUUUAUAUAAAAAAUAAGAAUAA